AUGUCUAGCGAUUUCGCUAUCUAUAUUCGAGACAAGCUUUUCGACAGCAAAACAUCUGUCGACCAUAAAAUCUUACAUAGUGUAAACAAGAAAGGUGAAUUUGUUCUAAAGUUCUGUUUCUGGGAAUAUGACAAGAACCAUAAAACAUUACAAAGAGCAGUCUUAAAAUUUGUCAAUGACAGACUUGUUGACAGAGAUGACGCCUCUUGGAAAGAUGAAGUCCAACAAAAGUUCUUAGAAUGCAAAGAAGACACAUGCGCUGUUCUUGAAGAUGAAAUAGAAAACAGAAUAGAUGAGCUAUUAAAGGACAAAGAACUUUUACAUAAAUAUGGUUCUGAGAAAUUUGACAUAACUCCACCAGAAAG